GAGCUUAGGGGUAUAAAAGCCGAUCCGCUCUCUCAUCUUUCUCAGUAUGGUUUCUCCCUUCCUCUCGCUCUCUGCUCUCGAUUCUGUUUGCUUUCUUCUUCGUUCGAUUGAAUACCAUCGAAUACACUAGAUUUCAGUUUUUCCCCCCAUUUCUGAUUAGUCCUGCUUCUAUCUUGCUGCUGGUUUUUCUUUUCAACUGGCUUGACGAAGAAACGGGCCUUUGGACGAAGUCUUCGAAGCGCGUUCAGCCCGUUUGGAACACCACCACCACCGCCGUCGUCAUCGUCAAUAAAGCGAAUCUUAUUCCGCAGCCGCCCAAAAGGGAAAUCGAGAAGCUUGACGUUUCUCGUCACCGGUUUCACACCCAUCAGCAACCUGCCCUUCUCUUCGUCAUUCACUGAGCAGCAGCAGCAGCGGCAGCAGCAGCGCAACGUUGAAGCAGAAGAAGGCUUUGUUGUAUUUCUUAAAGGGACAAAAGGAAAUCGAUGGGUGUGUUUCGGGUAUAGGCAUCGAAAUCUGGUUUCUUUGCGAGGCGACGAGGAAGGGAGAGGGAUGGAACAGUCGGAACCCGAUCAUUAGGGUCCACGGCGUGCUCUCUCUCUCUCUCUCUCUCUCCCCCUUGGGCGUCAUCGUCGAUUCCUCCGCGGGUUCUCCAAGGCUUUGGCCGUGGUGUCAUCCAUCGAUUCAUCGUCAUCGCCGUCGUCGUGUUUCCCGUGAGAAAUACUGGCGGGGUUUCUGCGUUUUCCAGGCGGGUUGGAAGGAAACAUGGCAUCUGGGGACGUCUUCCUCUUCCUUUUCUGCUGCUUGCAGACACUCAUCAUCUCUGUCCUCCUCUUCUUCCUCAUCCGGCGGAGACGUGGCGAGGAUGAGCGGAGCCGAUUCUACCAGUGUUACCGAAUACCCGAAUUCGACGGCGACGGGCUUCGCGAGAACGGACUCUACCGCCGGGUUUCCGUGUACAUCAACUCGCUCCCGGCGGCCGAGGACUCCGAGCUCGCGAACCUCUAUACCCCACGGAACUCGACCGAGAUGACUCUCCGCCUCGAAGCCAACCGCUCUGUGGAGGAUUCGUUCCUGGGGGCCAAGAUGUGGUGGAAAAACGAGGAGGACGGACAGGGGAAUCGGUCCUUCGUGCUCAGCGUUCGUCGGAAGGACAAGUCGGGGCUGCUCCGGCCGUACCUCCAGCACGUCCAGGCCGUUGCCGACGAGAUCACAAGCCAGAGGAAGGAGCUCCGCAUCUUCAGUAACUCGGGCAAGCGGUGGCGGUCCGCUCCCUUCCGCCACCCGGCGACGUUCGAGACGGUGGCCAUGGAACCCGAGGUGAAAAAGGGCCUCAAAUCCGACCUAGAAUCUUUCGCCAAAGGCCGCCAGUACUUCCACCGCGUUGGCCGCACAUGGAAGCGCGGCUACCUCUUCUACGGCGUUUCGGGAACCGGCAAAUCGACGACGAUCGCGGCCAUGGCAAAUCUCCUCGGUUACGACCUCUACGUUAUGGAACUGUCGCACAUCGCAGACGAUUCGGAGCUCAAGAUCCUCCUCCAGCAGAUCAGUGGACGCACUAUUCUCGUUGUCGAGGACCUCGACGAUUUCUUCCCCGGGAUCGUGGGCGAGGACCCCGACGGGGGAAGGACGACCGGCGUGACGAUCUCCGGCCUGCUGAAUAUGAUGGACGGCAUCUGGUCCUGUUGCGAGGAACAGAGGAUCAUGGUGUUGACGAUGGGCAGCAAGGACGGGAUCGAUCCGACGGUGCUCCGUCCGGGCAGGCUCGACGUUCAUAUCCACUUUCCAGUCUGCACCUUUCCGGCUUUCAAAACCCUCGCCUCCAACUACCUCGGCGUGAAGGACCACAAGCUCUUCACCCACGUCGAGGAGCACCUCCAGACAGGGGCGUCCCUCACCCCGGCUGAGAUCGGAGAGAUCAUGAUCGUCAACCGGAGCUCGCCCAGCCGAGCAUUGAAGUCCGUCAUCAACGCCCUGCAAUCAAGUAGCCGACCGGCUAGAAAAUCCGACAACGUCCACCCGAGUGAGAACUUCGCCGUAUUGCCAGAUUCCAGCCAUAGUUUCAAUUCGCUCUCGGAGUUCAGAAAGUUGUACAAGUUCCUCAGGACGAAGAGCCAAAGGAAACCACCACAAUUGUCAUUCGACCAUUCUAAAGAAUCCUGAAUCAGGCAAACCGAAGAAGAGUCGUCGGCUCCUGUCGCCGGAAACUGGCGACACGCUUCGUUUUUCGACCUUUCCACUUCAUCAGAUUUGUUGGACGAAAGUUAAAAACAGUCCCAACUAUAUUUUGUUCGUUUCAUUUUCCGUCUAUUGAUAUCAUCAUCCUUGCUUGUAGAAAUGAAAACAGAAUGGUUCCUGUAGAAUUAAAAGAUUUUUUUUUCCAGUUCUAGAACUGAUGAUUGCUGCAGUGGAUUCAUCCAGAACAUCCAAAAGAUUUCUCGAAACCGGAAAAUGGCAUUUGAAGAAUAGAGAAAUGUUUAGUUUGGCAGUUCAAGGACGGUCGAUGAUUGGCGUUGGGAUAUUCGUUGGGAACAUAGAAACGAUUCUUCAUUUCGUCCCGUGUGGGCUAUGUGGAAACUCUAUGCAGUAUGGGACACUCUUUCGUGAACGAGGGGUUUGGGUCGAGAACUGUUCUUGCCCUCUGCUUUUCCGCAACUUUUUUUUCCUCUGUAACAAAUGUUCUUGCUUCUUUUUCGCUGAGCGGAUUCCUUCCAGCCGGAAUAUUCUCAUCUCUUAUUUUUCUCCUCAUUUGUUGCAGAUUUGGGUAGACUUUUGUCUCCAUCAAAAAAGAAAAGAAACUCAGAAAAAUUGUGUGAAGUCUCCAACGUGAUGAGAGGGAGCGGGGUCCCAUUAAAAUAAAAAUCUUCUGUUCGUCUUCUCCUACCAUUCAAUGGCCAGUUAUCGAUCUUCAGCUACCCAAAGAAGAAUCCCACUCAAGUUAGUGGCCGAUGUUUCUACCUAACGAAGAUGGUUUAAGUUCCCAAGUUUUUUCAGAUAAUAGACUUUUAGUUAUUUACCUUUCGAAAGGUUUUACAUUUUUUUAUUUUCAAAUAAAGUUACUUGUAAACAUAAGGUCUCAGUUGGUAACAUAAUAUUAUAAAGUAAGGGGCAAACUACUCUGUUCUGUC